AUGUUUGUGCUGGUGGUUCUAGCAGUGGUGACAUCCACCGUCACUGCUCUGCAGGUUACUGAUGAAGAGUACUACGAGCUGCCGAGGCUGUUCCACCUGGACAACUGGGAGGAGUGCGCGGCGAAAGGGGGGAUGUACUGCCUCGGGACAUUCGACCUCAUGCCUUACCAGAACGACCGGCUCUACAACGUUAUACAGCACGUGUCUGCCGACAGAUACCGGUUCAACCACACACGCAUACACCGAGGGCUGUGCUUACCAUCAUCAUGUGUUCACUUCCACGAUCCUUCUCCAAGAGCACAAUUCAGCGCAUGCGUGAACAAAGUGACACGUGACCAGUACGGCUUGGAGACUAACCUGACGCAGCUGCAGUACUGCAGGACAGCUGGAGAUACGCGCUCGUUGGACCAGUGGGACCUCACCUUCUUGUACGUGGCAGGCAUGCUCCUGCUGGCCAAUGUCGUGGGCACGGUGUACCAUCUGAUGGCAAGCAAGGAUGGCACUUUGAUCAAGCAGCUAAUGGCCUGGUCAGUGGUGGAUAACUGGCGACGGCUGACGGCAGACCAUAGCGAAGGAGGGGAUACCAGGCUGUCAGCUCUGAAGCCUAUACAAGGGAUGAAAGUGCUGACGCUGGUGCUGGUGAUGCUGGCUCACUCAGUUCUGGCAUAUCAUCUCACAUACCUGUACAAUCCGCGGUUCUUCGAGAAAAGCAGUCACCACAUCCUGUCUGCAUACCUGCAGAAUGGCACAUCCAUAGUGCAGACCUUCAUCAUGGUGUCCAGUUUCCUGCUGGCGUACAACUUGCUCCACCACGUCUCUGAUAACCCGAAGAAGCAGCUCUCCAUGAAAAUGUUCCCACGAUGCUUGCUGCACAGGAUUGCCAGAAUAUCUCCUUUGUACGUGUUCGUGUUGGGUUUGGCUACAACCUGGUGGGCACACGCUGGCGACGGGCCCCUUUGGACCCCAAUGGUGAGAGAUGAGGCGACCCACUGCAGAGACAAAUGGUGGGCCCAAGUGCUGUUUGUCAAUAACUUUAUAAAACCAGACGACCGGUGUCUCAUACACACGUGGUUUCUCGCCGUAGACAUGCAACUGUACAUCAUCUGCGCAGUGUUCACGCUGCUGCUGGGUAGACGGCCACGAGUGGCAGUCAAGAUCCUGGCUGUCUGUAUUUUCGGGUCAAUGUUGAUGAACUUUGCGAUAAUAUACAACUGGAAACUGAAGCCAAUGGUACUGCUUAUGAUUCCAGAGUUGAUGAGGACACAGUUCCCCGGGGAGCGUUCGUUUACUUGGCUGUACUCCGCACCUUGGGACAGUCUACCUUCAGCACUAAUCGGGCUACUGGCGGCCUUCUUACAUUACUGUCAUCACGAAGAGGGAUACCAACCAGCACAGAGUAGGUGCAUAAGAAUACUAUAUCGUCUGUCAGUCCCGAGCAUGUUUUUGUGGGUCGUUGGAGGGUACUGGAUGAAGGGUGUGACUCAUCCCUUGGUAGUGACUCUGUACGCAACCAUAGACAGGCCGGUUUUCUUGACCCUGACGACCUUUGCAAUGUACGGAUUCAUUAACAGAAUUGAUAGUGUCUGGUGGAAGUUCCUAUCGUGGCGCGGUUGGGAGAUCCUGGGACGUAUGUCUCUGUCCAUCUACCUCAUCCACUGGCUCAUCGCUCUCAUGCUACUAGCACAGCGCACCAACACUAACAGAGCUGCUGUUUUUGAUAUUGGGUGCCACUGGCUGGGCACAAUAUUCCUGAGUUACUGCGCUGCUGUACCUUUGCACUUACUCGUCGAACUGCCAGCUAUGAGGUUCCUUCAAUCCUUGGCCAUGUAA